GACGCAACGGUUUACGUUAAACAUAUCACGCGGAACAGGUAGCAAUGUUGACGCCUUGAGUGGAUUCUAGAUAUAUAAAGGACUCUCCCCAUCUAUCACAUAACUAUCCAGCUCGAUAUUCAAUCCCUUUGAUCGUUCGCCUAGUCUGACGAGUUUCACCCUCGAACACAAUUCACUUUGUUUACAACUCACAACUUUACCUCAUAUCACAACCAACCUCAGUCAUACCAGCAUUCCCAAAGCUAGGAAUCUCGACGAGACUAUGAAAUUUCUCGUUCUCUCCACCAUCAUCGGCGCUGCUACUGCGACCAACUUGUUACUGUGGAAACAAGCAAACGCCUGCAGUGGAAGCGGUGCUGUUUGCGUGAACGCAGGCCAGAGAGUCUGCUGUUAUCAGCCCGGACAGUUGUGGGGAUCAGCCCAAGCUGUUGGCGGAGGAGCAGGUGACGUCGCGGGUCCUUGGACCAAGCAAGGAGACAGUUACUGCGGUAUACAGAUACGACCAACCAGGCCAAUUCCUAUCUGUUUCGUGACCAACCUUGAGCAAUCCCUUGGAGGCAUCACGUGGGAGCAUCAAGCAAGAAGGAGCAUGGAGCGAUCGGCACCUCUCACACCUGUUGAAGCUGAUGAGAUGUACUCGGACGGCGUACACAUGUACGUCAUCACCAAAGGGAAGAUGGCACGUAUGCGGUCGUCGAAGCCGACCGGCGAGAAUGAGUUGCUGGAGUUCUUCAAGACGCAUGCCGAUAUGGUGAUCAACCAGGAGACGGGCGUCCCCGUUAGCAAAGUGGACGCGUCCAAUGCGAGCGAGUAGAAGUAGGGUGUGAUUAUUCACGACCCAUAGGAGGAUUACACGACAUUACUCGACCACUCAUGAAGCCACGAAUGGACGGCAUCGUACACACAUGAACAAAGAAAGACACAUACGGACAGUCACUACAUUCAACCACCACGAACGCGUUUUCAAAGGGGUACAUAUGCAUGAUGAAUCACGGUCUUUACCUUAUAUAGCUUGCUGCGCAGCAAUUAUCUCGAUUCAUCACCACUCUUGCUAC